AUGGACUUGGCCGAAAUCCUCUUGGCGUUGUUUAUUGUCGUGGUUGCGAUUGUCUCGUUGUUAUCGAACUUGCUGGUGUUACUAUGUUUUAUUUGCAGUGCCGACAUACGCAGGCAAGUGCCAGGCGUAUUUAUUCUGAACCUGUCCUUUUGCAACAUACUUAUUACCAUUUUAAACAUGCCAUCGACAUUGUUUGGAGUUAUCAAGAAUCAGAAGCCUUUUGGAGAUAGCGUCUGUCAAACUAUCAGCUUCCUGGAGACUUUCUUGACUACAAAUACGAUGUUGAGCAUGGCAGCUCUCAGCAUUGACAGAUGGGUAGCUGUCGUCUUUCCCUUGAGUUAUUCCAGUAAAAUGCGAUACAAGGACGCUAUGUUCAUGGUGUGUUAUUCCUGGAUCCAUUCUCUUACCUUUUCCCUCGUCGCGUUACUUUUGUCUUGGUAUGACUACAACCAUGUGUACGCAUCCUGCACUUUACAUUUGAACGAGGAGCGGGGAAGGACAAAGUUUGCAGUGUUCACUGUCGUGUUCCACGCCACGAGCUUCACGCUGUCUCUCCUGACUCUGUGCUUUACGUACUUGAAGGUUUUAAAAGUCGCACGGUUUCACUGCAAGAGGAUAGACGUUAUAACCGUGCAGACGCUGCUAUUGCUCGUGGAUAUUCACCCAAGUGUUAAACAGCGUUGUCUUAUGGAGCAAAAGAGGAGGAAACAGCGUGCCACUAAGAAAAUAAGCAUUUUUAUUGGAUCGUUCAUUAUCUGUUUUGCUCCUUACGUCAUAACAAGGCUCGCCGAGCUCCUGCCACUCGUGCGUAUCAGUCCACAGUGGGGGAUCGCCAGCAAGUGCCUGGUGUACAGCAAGCCCGCCUCCGACCCCUUCGUCUACUCUCUCCUCCGGCAGCAGUACAAGAAGGCCCUCAUCAACAUGGCCAACAAGCUGCUGAGGAGGGACCUGUACCCCUCCUCCGGACACAGCAGCUCUUUGGACACAGAGAACGACUACUGCCUGCAGAGGAUCAGCUAGCCGGCACCCGCGA